CAGCCCGGCGUUUGUGCGCGCGGCCCCGCCGGCGCCCCCGAGCCCCGCGCCCCCCCAGACUCCGAGGCGUGCUGGCCUUGAGUCACGCGGCUCGCGGCCUCGGUUCGGUGGGUGCCCAGGCUCCGCGCGGCGGCGGCUGGGUGGCUGGCUGCCCCCUAACCCCGCCGGGCUCCCCUGAGCGUCUGGGGCUCCCGCGAAGCGCGGCGAAGUCACGGGCCUGCGACGGUUCGCGGGCCAGUGCGGAGGCAGCCGGGAUUGGGAACCCAUGCCACACUCACCUGCUCAACUGAGGAAUUACCAUGCCAGGUAAAGGGAAACGAGGAAAAAGCCGAAGCAAGUCUCGCGGGAAGAAACAGAAGAAACCGGAAGUGGACAUCCUUAGCCCAGCCGCCAUGCUGAACCUCUACUACAUCGCCCACAACGUUGCCGACUGCCUGCAGCUGCGAGGCUUCCGCUGGCCAGGUGCUCCCAAAUCAAAGAAAGGGAAAAACAAGACUUAAUAGCAUUUCACAGGGAGCAGAACUUGGGGACAAGAAAUUAGGGUAACACAACUACUGCAAGCAAAAUAGACUUUACUGAAGACAAUUUGAGAUGCAAGCUAAGUGUGCUUUUCUGUGGUAGUCAGUGAUAAAGAAAUGCAUUUUACUUCCCAGCUAAAUUCAGCUAGAGUUAGCCAGUUUGCUUUUUCAGAAGUCAAGAGGGAAAAAAGUCUGAGUAAUUCCUACCGAGCAUGGUGGAAUUGAAAGGACUUUAAAAAUUAUUAUAAUUCUAGGUCAGAAUAAACUUUGUUCUCAAAAGGCA